AUGCUUUUCGCACAUGCCUUCCUCGUGGUGUCCUCCUCACAGAAUUGCCAGAGAUGGGAGACCACGGGCACGACGCCCCCCGGUAGGACAUGGUACGGCCGGCCCGACCACUCUCAGCCUGCCUCCAACGGUAUUCCUUCAGACCCUUCUCCUGCCGCCCCGGACAAGGCCCUGCCGAUUCGCGAACGACUGCGACGAUGGGCUGCAGAGCAGGACGAACAGCACGUCCGGUCCCGGGCGAUGCCGCCGGACGUGUUCCUCCAUGGCAGCAUUUCGAACAGCCUAAGCCGAACUCAGACGACUGGCUCUUCCGACUUGGACCAACUAAGGUCUACUGACGCCGCCCUGACGCCUGCCUCCGGAAUAGGCACGGAGCCUGGCGAUGCAGACAUCGUCGUCCCCAUCGGUUCUGGAAACCCAGGCGAUCUUGUCGAGUUGAGGCAAACCGGCUCGCGGGUCCCCAUUUUUGCCGUCUAUCUGGGAUUCUUCGGCGAUCGUAACCACUUCUAUGCCAUAAACGGAAAAUGGGUCACUAGCAUGGCCUACUCCUCUCUUUUCACCCUGUCGAACUUUGCCACCGCCGACGACUUGGCACCAGUCCUGGCCAAGAUUCCCAACACCGCCACGCCCGACGACUUUGACCAUCUACGACAAAACGAACACGGCCCCUCCAGGGAGGAUGGCGUUGCUCUCAUUCGCAAAAUGGAGAGUUUCCGCAGAAAGUCCGAAAAGGUCUACCAAGAAAACCUGCCCAACCUUGACGGAGCAGGCGCGCUGCUGUCCAGCCCCCACAGUGUCAAGUACCUCAGCCUGUUGGAGAUGGCCGACACCCUACUGCCCUCGUCCCUGAAGGCCCAAGACGGCUUCCCUGCGCCGGCCCUGUACGCCGUUCAUACGGCAAUCUAUCGAAGUGAAGGCACCUUCAGCCCGCUUAGCCCCUCGGCCGACUGCCAUCGCCGCGACCACCUUUUCCAAGUGCUUCCUCGCAACUACGCCGACGUGCUCAACAAGAUCACCGUCAUGGUACGGCAGUAUACAGAAUUCAGUGCCAAGCGUCUGAAGCCCGUCGGUACGACCGAACUUCAGGACCUUGCCCUCGGCAGGUUCGUCCUGCAGGCGCGGGAAGCCGUUUCCAACAGCCGCCUGCAUCGUGAGUGGACACCCCACGGUAUUCUCAAGGCAUCGCCCGGCGUCGAGCUUCAGAAGACAGAGUGGGCUCCGUCCAGCAAGGAUGUCAUCGCCUUCUUGGAGUGGUGGGCCUGCUACGGCCUGUUUGAUUCGGCCUCUCGCUUCCACUCGUACGGCGCUCUCGUCCUCCGUGCGUUGGAUCUCUACGGCAACUCCCCGCUGGAUCAGAGCACUGCAUGGGCCUUCCUCCAAGAGAUUGGCGUCAUCGCGCCGUGGGAGAUCCCAUCUCGAUACAGAGUACGUUUGCCGGGUGUCACCAUCGCUCGAGGCGGCGGCUUGAACCGCGAGGCUCCGAACCUCAAGGAGUCGAAACGAGCCGAUGUUGCGGCAGGGGCCAGGAAGCAUCGGUCCGGCGCACCUAUAUUCUGCAUCGAUGCCCCGUCGACGAUGGUCAUCGAUGAUGCCGUCUCGCUGGAAGCGACGGACAAAGCCGAUGAGUUUUGGAUCCAUGUACAUGUCGCCGAUCCGUCGUCGAGCAUCAGGCCAAGCUCGGAACUUGGCAGGUUCAUGGAGCUCGUUCCGGAAAACAUCUAUCUCCCGGGCCACUUCCAGGCCAUGCUCCCGUCGGAGCUUGGGGAAGAGGAUGCCAAGGACUACAAAUCCGACAGCCUGGUCAAGCAAUUCUCACUCCGGCCCGGCGCUCCCGCUCUUACCUUCAGCGCCUUGGUGGACGGUACCGGCGACAUUCUGGAGUACAAGGUGGAGCCGAGCACGCUGGACGACGUGACGUAUCUAGAUCCCGAUGACGUCGCCAAGUUCUGCAACGAGCCCCCUCCGCCGCCUUAUGCCGGACACAGCCUCGCCGUCGGUGCCGCUCCGGAAUGUGGCCCGACAGCUCCCCAACGGCCGAUGCUGGCUGUCCAAGAUCUGGACGAAUCCAGCAGGGCGGAGCUCCUGACUCUGUACCGGUUGGCCGAGGCGAUCAAGCAACGGCGAUUGGCCAAAGGAGCUUGGCCAUACUUCUUCCCCAGACCUUCUGUCCUCGUGUCGUUCCACGACACCCCAAAAACGGACGCUCCGCCAGGCUUGACCACGGUGGUCCCCGCAGAUCCGUACAUCAGAGUCGGUCAGGACCCGUCGAGCGUCUGCUCGGUAGUAUCAAACGCCAUGGUGCUGGCUGGUGAGGUCGCGGCAAGGUGGUGUUCAUCCCGUGGGAUCCCCAUCCCAUACCGUAAAGAUGCGAAAUCGGCGAAAAACUUCGACGCCGCCUUCUCUUACGCCAUGAAGGAGGUGUACCCGCUAAUCGAGCAGGGCAUCGAACCGAGCGCGAGCCAGAGGCAGGCGCUGUCGCGGCUGACGGGAGGGAUGGAGCUGUCGCCGCAACCCGGACCGUACUUCCUGCUCGGUUUGGACAUGUAUGCCAAAGCGACCUCGCCGCUCCGCCGCUUCUCGGACCUGCUCGUUCACUGGCAGAUCCAUGCCGCGUUGGCGUAUGAGCGACAGACGAGGCGUCGGAUCGAUGCCGCCGUCGACAAGCUGGACGACAUCCUGCCGUUCACCACCGCCAGCCUCGGACACACGCUCGGCUUGCUCCAGAUGCGCGAGAAGAUGGCCAGAACCGUCUCUCGCGGCACGGUGGACUGGAUUCUCAUCGCCCUCGUCAGGGCUUGGCGCUUCGAGGGCAACGCGCCCCGCUCCCUCCGCUUCACCGUCGGCUCUCGUUGGCGCCAGGGGCUUUUCGGCCGCCUCGACCUGUUCGGCCUAAACGCCGUGCUGGACGUUGCAGGCCUCGACGGCGUUCGGCUCAUCAAGGACGUGCAGGUGGGCGACCAAUUCGAGGUGGAGCUCGCAGACGUCAACGUCCACUCCCGACAGGUCGUUGUGAAGGCCACGCGGUAUCUUGGAGGCGCCGAGAAUAAUACGUAG